CAGGUUUUAAUGAGGCAACAUUAAAGCACAUUACAAGCUCUAAAUGGUUAUGGCAUCCAAGCAGGAGUGUUAUGAACCAGAUUGUGGAUGGUUCAUAACCAAGAGAUUAUACCAUCAGCGGUCCAAGAAAGAAAGAGUCAGCCAGCUUUUACUUUUCCUUAUGUCUUUAUGUUUUCAUUUUUCUUAGUUGGAUUAUGAUUAUCAUUCUUUCCAUUUAUCUUUGACGGUGUAAUCUCCUAUAUAAGGAACCUUUAUGUUAUGAAUAAAUAUAGACUUUUCCAUUACUUUCACAACAAUAUUUUAUUUAUGUCAGUAAAAUUAGAUGACGUUGACGUGGUGAUUGUAGUAUGAUUUUGCUAAAACAUUAAAUAAGAUGUAUGAUAUUAAACGUACGGCAAUACUCUGGAUAUUUUAAUCAGUUUCCCACUAACUGUCAUAGCUUUCUUGUCAAUGAUUUUUUUUAAAUGUCUUGCUCGAACCUCAAACAAACACUCGUGUUGUAAGCUCCUUCACAACCAAGACUGGUUACAAAAAAAAAACAAAAAAAGUUAGAGAGUUUAUUUGUGUAAUAGCCAUAUUUUGAAGAUGAAUUAGGUGAAUGACAAUGAAUUUGACAUAAUUGAAUAUUAGGUAUUCAGGUCAUAAAUCAUCCGGUUUUACGCUUUUACGUAACAUGUUUCGGUUGUAAGUAAGAGAAUAGGUGAUGUUGUUCUUUGUGGUGCAGAUCAAACCAAAACUAUUAUAUAUGAACGAAGAGGAAAUAGCCUAUCAAAGAACGUUUUUUACCGUAGACAGUGAAACGAAUGAUGUAAAAUAUGAACAUGUUUGGAAUAAAUGGUUUACUCCAUUUACCAACCCUGUAAAUCCAUCUGCAGAGAACAAACAUUGAAGAAAGUGAAAUAAUAAAAGGCUUAAAUGUUUUAUUCCAUAUCAAAUAAAUAGUAUAAGACACCAUCACUAUCUCAACCUCUGAAAUCUAAAUACUAAAUCUUAUAACAAUCCAUUCAAACCCCUAAAUACUAAAUCCUACACUACAAGAAAGCACGCCUGUUGCAAGGGAAAUUUGCGAGGGGAAACUUUCCUCGCAAAUUCGCAACGGAGCCGCAAGGGCAUUGCGACGAAAAUAAUUUUCCUCGCAAAACGCUCGCAAAUUUGCAUCAAAAUAGUUUCCUCGCAAAAUUGCAACCAAUUUGCGAGACUUUUCCGCAAACUCACGCAAACCCGUCGCAAAUUUGCGAUAGAAGCUAUCGUCGCAAGUCCGUUACAAAUUUGCAAGGAAUUUGCGUGAGAAUUGCAAUACCAUAUAUGUUCGUUGCAAUUCCGUCGUAAAAAAACAGAUAGGUUGGUGAACACAUUUUUUGUUUCGUGUAACUAAUCUCGAAAAAAAAAUGUAUAAGUUGGUGAUACACGUUUUUUCUAAGUGUAACUAAUAUUUGCAAGGGACAAAUCUCUCUCGCUAAUCCCUUGCAAAGGGGAAAGGCAUUGCAAUUCCGUUGCAAUUUCCGUCGCAACUCCCUUGCAAGUGUCUUGCAAAUAUUUUUCAGAUGUCUAUAUAUAGCAUCUGUGAGAAGUGAGCGACCAUUGGAAAAAAAAAACGAAAGAAAAAAGAAAAAAACGAAAGAAAAAAGAAAAAAACGAAAGAAAAAAGAAAAAAAAGUUGAGAUAAAUAUAUUUGCCGUGUGUUGUGAGUAAGAAAAAAAUAAAAAGUUGAGAGAAAAAUGGCGUCCGGACAUGAAAUAUACGCGCUACGGGCAUGGAUGUACAAUCAUAAGGAUCCGGAGACUGGUGAAGUAACGAAAGAGUAUCGUGCUGGACUACGAGGAUUUUUACAACAGGCAACUAAUCAACCAUUCGCAAGGGAGCAUGGUAAAAUCUUUUGUCCCUGUAGAAAAUGCAAGAACGAGCCAUAUUUAGAAAUAGAUACUGUGAAGAGGCAUUUAUAUAAUAGAGGAUUUAGACCAAAUUACUACAUAUGGUUUUUGCAUGGGGAAGGUGCAUCAAGUAGUAGUACGGGUCAGGGAUUUGAACUGCCAAAUUAUAAUGCAGAUUAUGUUCCUCGUGAGCCAAAUAUGUUUGGAAAUAAUGCGGGUGAUGGGUAUGAGCAAAAUAUGUUUGGAAAUAAUGCGGGAGAUGGGUAUGAGCAAAAUAUGUUUGGAAACAAUGCGGGGGAUGGGUAUGAGCAACAGGGAAAUAGGUAUCAUGAUAUGGUUACAGAUGCAUUGCAUGAAGCUGCUAUUCCUGAUAGUAGUAGGGAAGAACCUAACAUAGACGCACAACGAUUUUAUAAUAUGUUAGACGCUGCCAAUGAACCCAUCUACGAAGGAUGUAGAGAAGGGCUUUCUAGAUUAUCACUAGCAUCUAGGAUGAUGACUAUUAAAAGUGAUCAUAAUCUAAAUGAGAAGUGCAUGGAUUCGUGGGCUCAACUCAUUAAUGAGUAUUUACCAGAAGGUAAUCUUGCUGCUGAUAAUUUCUAUGAAAUUCAGAAGCUAGUUGCCGGUCUUGGUCUACCAUCUGAAAUGAUUGAUGUAUGCACUGACAACUGCAUGAUUUACUGGAAAGAUGAUGAAAAACUGACGGAAUGUCGAUUUUGUCAAAAGCCAAGAUAUCAAGAAACCACAGGAAGGAAUCCUGUGCCGUACAAACGUAUGUGGUACUUACCCAUCACAGAUAGAUUGAAGCAUUUGUACCACUCAGAAAGGACAGCCGCGUCGAUGAGAUGGCAUGCCCAACAUUCGGUGAAAGAUGGCGAGAUUACACAUCCCUCAGAUGCGAAGGCAUGGAAACACUUUCAAACCGUAUAUUCCGACUUUGCGAGUGAGUUUAGGAACGUUUAUCUUGGCUUAUGCACGGAUGGAUUUAGUCCAUUUGGUAUGUCUGGAAGACAAUACUCUUUAUGGCCUGUCAUCUUGACGCCAUACAACCUCCCUCCGGAGAUGUGCAUGCAAAGAGAAUUUUUGUUCUUGAGUAUUCUAGUGCCUGGUCCAAAACAUCCAAAGCGAGCACUUGAUGUUUUUUUGCAACCUUUGAUCCAUGAGCUGAAGAUGUUGUGGCAUCAUGGCGUGCAGACAUGGGAUUACUCGCAGCAACAGAACUUUAAUAUGCGUGCAGUGCUUAUGUGGACCAUUAGUGACUUCCCCGCAUAUGGAAUGUUAUCGGGUUGGACCACACAUGGAAGAUUAUCAUGUCCAUAUUGUAUGGAUAGGACAGAUGCUUUUCAGCUGAAAAAUGGGAGGAAGUCAUGUUGGUUUGAUUGUCACCGUAGGUUUCUUCCGCCGCAUCAUACAUAUCGUAAGAACAAGAAAUUGUUUAGGAAAAACAAGGUAGUGCAUGUUCCUCCCCCAGUAAUGCAACCAGGAGCAUCUUUGUUAGAGCAGAUUAAUUAUUACGGUGCUAAGGAGACAUGUAAAGUUGGAGGAAAUUGGCACACUCCACCUAACAUGCCAGACGGGUAUACGGCAUCUCAUAAUUGGCAUAAGAAGAGCAUAUUUUGGGAACUUCCAUAUUGGAAGGAUCAUCUCUUAAGGCACAACCUUGAUGUGAUGCACAUAGAGAAGAAUGUUUUUGAGAAUAUCAUGAACACUCUUUUGGAUGUGAAGGGAAAGAGUAAAGAUAAUUUGAAAUCGAAGUUGGAUUUGCCAGAGUUAUGUGCAAGACCAGAGCUGCAUGUGACAAGAGAAGGAAAAUUACCAGUUCCGAAUUUUAGAUUGUCUGGGGUGGCGAAGCAAAAGUUGUUUGACUGGGUAAAUUCUGAUGUAAAGUUUCCAGAUGGAUAUGUGUCAAAAUUCUCAAGAUGCAUCGAGCAAGGAAAAAAAUUUUCUGGUAUGAAGAGUCACGACUGUCACGUUUUCAUGCAGCGGCUCCUACCGUUCGCAAUGACGGAGCUAUUACCGAAACAUGUUCAUGAAGCAAUAUCCGGUAAUAAAAGUGACUUUUAAAAUUAAAUAUAAAUUUAUUGUCUUUGGUAAUUGAAAUAAUAUUUUUGUUUGAUGAUGAAUUUGUAGGAGUUGGAGCAUUUUUUAGGGAUUUAUGCACUCGGACAUUGACUGAGGAUGGAAUCAAGUUGUUAGCCAAGAAUAUUCCGGUUUUGCUUUACAAUCUGGAAAAAGUCUUCACUCCAUCUUUUUUUGACGUAAUGGAACAUCUCAUGAUUCAUCUACCUCUUGAAGCAGCUCUUGGGGGCCCUGUGCAAUUCCGAUGGAUGUAUGUAUUUGAGAGAUUCAUGGGAUAUCUAAAAAAGUUUGCCAAAAAUCUGGCCAAAGUCGAGGGUUCGAUAGUUGCAGGAAGUUUGACGGUGGAAACUUCACACUUUACAUCCUACUACUUUAGCCCAACCGUUAGAACGAAGAAGACCGCUCCUAGACGAUACGACGACGGAGGAGUUGCGCCUUCAUAUCUUGUUACAGACGUUCCUGACAUAUUUUGUCAGAUUGGAAGACUUGCUGGCAAAGUGAGAGAAGUUUGGUGGGAAGAUCAUGCACAUGCUCAUGCGGCUCACAUUUAUAUUAUGCGAAACAUUGACUACUUGCAGGAAUUUGAAAGGUAUAGUACUCAUACAAAUUGAACAUAUAUAAAUUGUAUUGAUUACAUAUAUGCCUAACAAAUAACAAUUCUUAUAUGCAGCAUAUUCAACUUACAAAUUCGAGAACACUAUCCUAAUUUAGAAGAAAAGGAUUAUGAGCAGUUGAACGAACGAGAUUAUCCUGGGUGGUUAGAAUACUAUGUACGUACAAUCUUUAGACUUUUAAAAUUAAAAUGACUUAUUUUAAUAUUUAUAUAUUUUGAGCAGGUGAAAAAUGGAUGUCAUGACAAACCAAUUCCGCGAUGGUUGUAUGAAUUUGUUGACAAACCGGUUGCUAAGAUCACUACUGCUCCAAUGUACUUCACUCGUGGAUACACUUUUCAUACGUACACACACGGUUCGAAGAGAUCAACCGCGAAUUUUGGAAUCCAACUCCAAGGUGAAACUGACUUCUACGGUGUAUUGCAACAGAUCAUAGAAGUCACUUACCCGGGAAGCAUCAACUUAAAAUGCGUAUUAUUUAAGUGUGAUUGGUAUGAUCCAACGAGUGGCCGAGGGGUCCGGAAAAAUAACCUUGGGGUCAUUGAUGUCAAUGCAAAUAGACGUUAUGCAAAAUUCGAACCAUAUUGCCUUGCAUCACAAGCAGAUCAAGUAUGUUUUCUUCCAUAUCCAAGGAUUAGAGAAAGGCGUGAAAGGUGGUUAUCAGUGAUUAAAGUGAAUCCGCGAGGGCGUAUAAUCGUCGGAGAAAUUGCCGAUGUCGCUAUGCAGGCUGAAAGAGUUGCUGAAAUGUCUGUCCCAACCGAAUCGACUGAGAAUAUUUUACACAUCGAUCCAGAUAACCAAGAAACAGAAGUCAUUGUUGAUGAUUCCACCGAAGGGUCUGUUUCAGAAGAAGACGAGUUUGAUGCUGAAACUGACGAAGAUGACAUCACAAAUGAUGAGGCUGAAAAUAGAGACAAUGAAAAUGUAUCUGAAAAUGAAUCUGAUUAGUCAAAAUUUCACAUUUAUGCUCUAUUGUCUUGUAUUUGAAUUUUUUUUUAAAAAAAAAUAUAACAAGAUGCGAUGGAAUUGCGACGAAAUUGCGACGGAAUUGCAAGAUUUCCUCACAACUCCCUCUCAAAUUUGCGACGGAUUUGCAUGGUCAUCCUCGCAAUUCCGUCGCAACUCUUCGAACCACUAGCCAAAACCCUAAACGAAUCCCUAAAACACAGCCGUUGCAAUUCGCUCGCAAAUUUGCAAGGGAUUUGCAAGGGAUUGGCGUCGAAUAUUUGGUUAAUAUAUAAAGACAGUUAACCUUUCUGCUCCAUUACUCUCUGCCGUCAAAGAAAAAAAAAUUCUAAAUCGUCCCUCCUCUCUGCGUAUCCUCCCCGGUCUCUCUCUCCCCGCAGCCUGACGUCUCCUGUCAAGUCUCGCCGGACUCUCCCGCCUCUCCUCUCCGCCGUAUCUCUCUCUCUGUGCCUCUCCUUUCGCAGCCCACGCCUCAGUCUCGCCGGACUCUCCCGCCUCUCCUCUCCGCCGUAUCUCUCUCUCUGUGCCUCUCCUUUCGCAGCCCUCGCCUCAGUCUCGCCGGACUCUCCCGCCUCUCCUCUCCGCCGUAUCUCUCUCUCUGUGCCUCUCCUUUCGCAGUCCACGCCUCAGUCUUGCCGGAGUCUCCCCCUCUCCUCACCACCGUAUCUCUCUCUCUGUGCCUCUCCUUUCGCAGCCCACGCCUCAGUCUUGCCGGAGUCUCCCCCUCUCCUCACCGCCGUGUCUCUCUCUCUGUGCCUCUCCUCUCCGAUGUCUCAGUCUCGCCGGAUUUCAUUCUCUCCACUCUCUCCUCGCCGAUCCACUUCGAUCUAGGUCUCCUUGUCGGAUCUCCUUCUCUCAACCCGUCUCUCGCCGGAUCUCUCUCCUCACGGUCGUCCUCAUCCGCCGUCAUACUCGCCGGACUUCCACCGUCAUUAUCUCGAACCGGCUCUGUCCCUUUUGAAAGGUUACAAAUUUUGGUCUAUAUUUAAGUUUAAUUAUCAGUUUAGGUUAUCGAUUAGUGAUGAUUCUGUGUUUGGUUAGGGUUUUAACUAAGGUUUGGUUAAUUUCUUGGCAGAUGUCAGGAAAUGAUUCUCUGUCCCUUUUGAAAGGUUACAAAUUUUGGUCUAUGUUUAAGUUUAAUUAUCAGUUUAGGUUUUGAUUAUCAGUUUAGGUUAUCGAUUUGUGAUGAUUCUGUGUUUGGAUAGGGUUUUAACUAUUUAGGUUUGGUUAAUUUCUUGGCAGAUGUCAGGAAAUGAUUAUAGCCGCUAUCUAUCUACUGGUGGUAAGAAGACUUCUGGUGGUAAGAAGACUUCUGGUAGUACGAAAAGUUCAUCCCGUCAUACCAAUCCGGGUAGUUCUUCUAGUUCCCAGAUGGCCGAGAGUUUGGCUGUUCCUAAUAGCCAGACGCAAGCUUCCCCUCCAGCUCCCGCCCCAGCUCCUGCAGCUCCCGCCCCAGCUCCUGCAGCUCCCGCCCCAGCUGCAGCUGCAGCUGCUCCCGCCCCAGACCCGGCGGCAGAUUUAGCGGCAAUCAAUAUGAUUUUGGCUAGUCCUGGACAUGAUCGUCUUCCUCACCUCCAUCCAGAUCGCCCUCCAAAUACGCUUUGGUAAGUUUUUUAAUUUUAAUUCAUUGUAACCAUUUAUAAUAUUUUCAUAUUCUUAUAAUUUAGUUCUCUCAAUUGCCUUGAAUUUCCUGUGAUAGGUUUGAUGACGAUGUAAGCGUUGCUGCAUCGGUCUGUCAAAUCUUUGAAAGAGAUUUCAAAGAACCGCAUGCUAAUUGGAAGCAAACCCCCGGGGAUGUUGUGAGACGUUGGUUUGAAUCCUUUGCGGUAAUUCAUUUAGUUUUCUUGAAUUUUAAAAUUUGUAAAAAAUUAAUUUUAUGUUCAUGAAUGUCUAUUAAUUUGCCUUUUUGUUGUGUCAGUAAAUGUAUAUUGGGAUUCCGGUAUAACAUCCCUCGUUCGCAACUCUUUCGAGGCUAAAUUGAAACUCCAGUUGACUCGCCAAGUUAGUCGGUGGAAGAGUAACUGGCGGAAAAAAGGCGAUGCAGCUAUGCCUUUGUGGUUUGACCCAAAUGUUUGGGCUGGUCUUGUUGCUUAUUGGUUAGAUCCAGAAUCUGAAGUCCGGAGUUGUAACAGUCGGGCAGCUCGUUACUCUGACCCUGAUGGACAUGGACCGUCUAAGCAUCGUUCAGGUCAGACUUCCUUCAGGGCCCGUGCACAAGUGAUUGUAAGUUCUUGUUUUUCUUUUCUUAGUUAAUUUAAGUUGUGUUCUGAAAUUGCCUAUUUUAUCUAAGUUGUGAUCUCAUUUUAAGGUUUAACUUGAUCUUUUAAAUUGUAGGCUGAGCAAACUAGAUGUUCUAUUCCAGACUUGCUUGGGGUUCUCGAGAUCACUAAACGAAACCCGGAUGGUUCUUUUGUUGAUGGCAAAUCUGAGCAGCUCUACAACAAUGUGACAUCUAAAUUUCAGGAAUUAUCUCAGGCUGCUAGUGAUGAUCCCGAGAGCACUGGUUCUAGUGGCCUCUCUCCAAUGGAAAAGAACAAGAUCUAUUGUGAGUUCGCUCCCCGCAAAAAGGGACGACUGUAUGGAGUGGGUUCUCUAAAUACAUCUUUACGAUCUGUUCCUGCUUCGUUUCCUUCUAGCAGUACUAGAGACCAAUCUUUGGAGAAGAUCAUCUAUGACCAAGCUCAAAAGAUUGAGAGCCAGGGAAAUGAAAUUUCGAAGCUGUACAAGAUCGUUCGUCAUCUUGCUAGCAAAGACUCUACCGUGGCCGACAUUCUCCAGUCUGAAGACGUGCCUUCUGCUUCUGGUGAUGAUGAUGAAUCUGAUGCUAUUUAGUUUGUUUUCUAUCACUUUCUAAUGACUUGAAACUUUUUUGUAUGUGUUUGUGUAAUGACUCUUGAAUUUCUUUCUAUUUUAGUAAUAUUUUCGCUAACUAUUUAAAUCUCUUCAGAAUUUUAUAAAUGUAUAAUAAUUUAUAAAAUUUCAAAUUCUGCAGGAAAAAAAUUAAUUAAUCGCAAUUGACUUGCAAAUUUGCGACGGAACAAGCCUCGCAAUUUUGCGACGGAAUAAAACCCUUGCAAAAUUGCGACGAAACUGUUAAUUGCAAAAUUGCGAGGAACAACUAAACCGUCGCAAAUUUUUGCGAGGAAAUCAGUUCCGUCGCAAAUUUGCGAGGAAUAUCAUUCCGUCGCAAAUUUGCAAGGAAUUUAUUUCCGUCGCAAAUUUGCGAGCGUUUUGCGAGUGAUUUUCAUUUGCGACGAGCGAUUUGCGAGGGAACGUGGUUUCUCGCAAAACCCUCGUAAUAAGCGAUUUGCAACGGAAUUGCGAUGCAGUUUUCCCUUGCAACUGGCGUGUUUUCUUGUAGUGCUAAUAUAAACCAUAAAGCCAAAUAUAAAAUCUAAAUCCAAAUAGAAUGGAACAAAAUAAAUAACAUAGUACAUAUUGGUGAAAUUAUGAAAUAUCUAUGAUUGCAUUGAAGAAGUUCAUGCUGGCAUCAGCCCUUAUCUUCUAAAUAUUAAACCCUAUACUCUAAUCACUAAACCAUAACCCAAAUAUAAACCUUAAAUCUAAAUAUCAAAAUCUAAAAAAUAAACUUACGACGAAAUAACCCAAUACGAAGAAUAAACUAAACCCUAUCAACUAAUCACUAAACUCGACACGGAAAUAUAAACCCUAAUCCAAUGUCAACUCCAAUUUUUCAUAAAUUAAAUCCAAAUUUCGAAAUGCCAGUAAAAUGCAUUACCAUUAUGAGGCAUAUAAAAUAGAAAAUGUAAAAAUAUAGUUGCAAUCUAAGGAUCAUCUUAACAUAUUUCUCAAAUGUUGAUAUGGAUAUACCUUCAUGGAAGGUGGUAAUGCUUGCCCCAAUGUCAACCCCAAACGUACAUAAACUAAACCCUAUCAACUAAUCACUAAACCUUAUACGGAAAUAAAAACUCUACUCCAAUGUCAAUCCUAAUCUUUCAUAAACUAAACCCUAGCCACUAAUCCCUAAACCUACAUGGAAAUAUAAACCCUAAUCUAAUGUCAACCCCACUUUCAUAAACUAAACCCAAAUUUUGAAAUGCAAGUAACAUGUAUUUUCAUUCUACAUGAGCAUAUUGAAUAGAAAAGGUGAAAAUGUAAUUGCAAUCUAAACAUCAUCUUAACAUAUUUUUCAAAUGUUGAUAUGGCUAUGCCUUAAUGGAAGGUGGUAAUGUUUUCCCCAAUGUCAAUUCCAGUCGUACAUAAACUAAACCCUAUCAACUAACCACAGAAAUAUAAACCAUAAUCCAAUGUCAACCCCAAUCUUUCAUAAACUAAACCCAAACCACUAAUCACUAAACCCUACAUCGAAAUAUAAACCUUAAUCCAAUGUGAACCCCAAUCUUUCAUAAACUAAACCUAAAUUUUGAAAUGCAAGUAACAUGCAUUUUCAUUCUACAUGAUCAUAUAGAAUAUAAAAGGUAACAAACGAUAUACCACGAUACAUAUAUAUUGUUCAAGUUUUGAAGUGUAUAUGAUUACAGAGAAUGAGGUACUGCUUACACCAAAUUUAGAUUGAUUGUAGCGAAAAGAAAUGAAGAUUGACAGAAUUAGAGAAAAGAGGUAGAAUAGACAACAUCGUAUGAAUAUCAUUCCCAUUCAACAUCACAUUGUAUUCUUUUUUAUUUGAUGUCAUAAUAAAUUCUAUUCCAUUUACAUUCAAUAUAUUAUUUCUCUUUACAAAAUCAUAUACAGACUACUAUAAAACACAUCUAUACACCAAUACAAAACUCAUAUCAAUAUAACAUGAAACAACAACGAACAAGAUUGAACCCUCUCUUUCAAGCAUCGAAUGAAAUAUAACUUACUAAAUAGUACAUUAUAUAUUAAUAAACAUGGUAAAUAAGAGAAGAGACAAAUUUGAAAGAAAGACAGUCUAUUCCAUUUCAUAAAAUAAUAUUGAAAUACUAUUACCCUUCCAACUCAUCCAUGACAAACCCGAAGAACUAAAUGAAAAUGAAGACACAAGUUAGUUUACAAGUUGGAAGGAAAUGACAGCAUAUGAGAUAGGCUACUAGUAUAUGAAUUAUUAUAUGCUUAGGUUAAAUGUUUAGUUGUGUCAAUCCAAAAUAACUUAUGCGAGUAAAAAAUUAACAUAUGCAAUUAGAAUUGCACCAUCUGAUAUAAUAUAUAAUUUAUAUAUAUGGAACAUAACAUAUGGUCAAAUGGAAUGGAAAUCGAAUAGUAUAUUAGUUCUGAUAUGAUUCUUCAGAAAUAGCAGAGGAAUGGAAUGACACGUAACCAGUCUCUAAAACUAAGAUUUUUCAUUUCAAAUAGCACAGGAAAACUCCGAUCAUAUGGCCCUAAUUUUGCUACGAGAACGAUGGUAUGCAACAAGAAUGAUGGUACAGAGUUAGUAAUUAUAGGACCCUAAUUCCGGAGAAGAUCCCUAAAUCAAAUGACAUAAGAAAAGGUGAAAUGAGUCUAAGAAAACACAGACAAUUUACCGUAGUUCCAAAGAUCGGAGAUGAAUCGAGUUGGUGAAAUUGGAGAGGAGGGUCUGUUACUAACCGCCGCUGCAAAUUUAACGCCGUCCAAGGUCGAAGGACGUCACAAGCAGAUAAAAUAACACAACUGGAAUGGCAGUAAGAAGAAGAUAGCAAAGCUUUCGAAAUCAGGCAGAGGCAACAGUGUGGAGCAAAUCGGUGCUGGAGACUUAUCGCUUCUAGAAAGUUACCUAGGGAAGUAAAAAGGGGAAGAUGUGAAGUCGAGUAAACCACGAUUUACUUUUGUGGGAUUAAUAAUUAAUUUUUUUCUCUUAUCUUUUUUGCAGGCUGCGCCGGUUGAGUGAAGGGGUAUUACAGUAUUAAUAUGUAUAUGUAACGGCGUGUAUAGGAAUGUUAGGGAAAAUGGCUAGUGGGUGAAUUAGACUUUUUUCAUGGUUAUAGGGCCCAAUUUUCCAAAAAGUUAAGGUGAUUACCAUACGUAAAGGGGCAGACGUAAGUUGCCCUGACUAAAAUUUAUUUUCCUUUAGGUAAUCUCUUCAAAAUUUUCAUGGGAAAUUGAAUCCAAUAACACUAAAAAAAAAAAAAUCAUUAACUAAUUAAAAUCACCCUCUCUCUCUUCUUUUCUUUUUCUAUCUCUCUCUACUCUCUUUCCUAAAAACUAAUUUUGCUUUUUUUUUGGUUAUUUGACAAAUAACCCCAAUUUUGAUUUCCUUUAUGUAAGCAGCUUUAACUCUAUGAAUAUGCCCCCAUCUAACUUGAAAUUUAUAAUAGUGCCUCUGAUUGAAAGUGUGUUUAGAUCCGCCCCGGCUGAUAUGUUGAAAGAUGAAAACUAGUACUACCCAUAAAUUUUGGUAAUAUCAAUUCUUGACAAAUAAAUAAAAAAUUGUAUUCUAUCAUUUUUGAAACUAUACAUAGAGAUGAGAAGCUAGAGUCUAAAAUUGGGUGAGCAAAGUGGAGGAAUGGUCUCAAGAAAAACUAGAAUUUGGUCGUGCUCCUGCGCAUGUUUGACUUAACUUGUGUUCAACGUAAACUCAUAAACCGCUGGUUUUAUAAAAAAAAUCUAUGUACAUUUCUAUGUUUUGUAAUUUACAUAUAGAGUAGAAUAUAUUAUUUAAGAAUAUAGAUGUUUGUUAAUAAUUUUUUUAUUUGUACAUAAUAUUAUAUUAAUUUUUUUAUAACUUGAUGCAAUUUGAUGUAAUUAUACUAUUCAUAUAUUAAUCUGUUGUGUUUUUUGU